CGGACACGAAAGAAUAGAGGAGCGGCUGUUACAAACCUCGGAAUAGGUCAUUUAAAGCACCCUGUCGGAUGAGAUGUCAAGACCGCAGACUUCAGAACAACCCCCGCCGCAUAUUGACUCGACUCUGGCGCCGGUCGCUUACGGCAGCUGGGCUCUCCCAAAGCUGAGCAGAGAGCUGCAGGACGAUGAGCUGGUCACCCGCCAGAGGGCGCUCGCUGCACUCUGUGAGCUCGUCCAUGAUCCCGAGAUGGCGUAUGAUACCAUUUUCAAUGGGUGCAUAGAAAGUCUUAAGUCAUUGUUACAAGAUGAAGAUGGCUUAGUACGGGUAAAGACUGCUGAAGUGCUUUAUUUGCUUGCUGCACACAGCCUGGGAAGGGAGGCUUUUUUAAAAUAUGACGUACUUGGUCCUCUUGCAAACCUUUUGGAGGACCCUGUGGAUGCCUGUCGUAAAACCAUGCACCAAGCACUAAACAGGAUAGCUGAAUUUCCCUCAGGAGCAGUAUUUAUGGUGUCAAUGGGGCUGGUGCCCAAAUUGGUGCUGAAAAUCCCAGUUGAAGAAACGGACAUCCGUGCUUUAAUUCUCUCCACAUUAAGCUGCUGUGUGAGGGUGAAUGCCAUGCCUGCACUGGAGAGUGAUGCCAUUCCUGUCCUGAGAGAUCAGCUCUCUCAUUCCUCCCCCAACAUCCGCCGGGAAGCGACAUCUGCCUUGGUAGGAAUCAGUGUGCCUGCAAAUGGCAAGAUAAAGGUGUGUGAGGAGGAUCUUCUGCCCAUGUUGGUUAAGCUGCUGUCGGAUGAUGACCAAGGAGUCAUUGCUAAUGCUGCAGGAACCAUUAUGAACACAGCUGUUAUCACAAAGGGUAAGUACGAGGCACUGAAAGCAGGUGCCAUCUCCCCUCUGCUGGAGCUGGUGGUGAGUGAGAAUACAGCUGUGUGUGCCAAUGCCCUCCGUGCCCUUACAGUCCUGGCAGAGGUUCCUACAGCCAGAGCAGAGUUACUGGAGCAUGUGCCUCUCCUGAAAACCAGACUUCAACACCCUGACUCCAUCAUCCAGAGGGCUGCCUCCACUGCCAUUGAAGUCAUCUCAUGGAAACCAUGAGGGAAAGAGAAUUCUGCUUACUCAAGUCAAAUACUGAGACAAACCUCAAACCUGCUUGAUUGAUAUAAAUGCUUCUAAAAUGAACCAAAUGUAAUUUAUUUGAUUGACAAUGAAUAUAAAGUUGAUUUUUAUAAAGUCAACAAAAAUGUUAUCCAAGAUCAAACAAAAUAAAAUAAACAAACAUCAUAGGCAGUUUACUUCUUAAUUUUGUCACAGAAAAAACGCAAUACUUUUUACAGUAGAAAUGUUGCAUAGCAACUGUACCUGUCCCUCUAUUUAAUAAAG